GCCAGGAGAGACACCAGCGACUAAAUUUCAGCCGGAGAAACGGCCACAGCGCAAUGAAGCUUUUCACUGGCAUUGUUUUCUGCUCCUUGGUAGUGGGAGUCAGCAGUGAAGGCUGGUUUUCAUUCUUCAAAGAGGCUGUCCAAGGGGCUUGGGACUUGGUGGGAGCCUACUGGGACAUGAGACAAGCCAAUUACCAACAUUCAAGCAGAUACUUCUAUGCCCGGGGGAACUAUGAUGCUGCACAAAGGGGCCCUGGGGGUGUCUGAGCCGCUCAAGUGAUCAGCAACGCCAGGGAAUAUCUUCAAGAUCUCUUACACAAGCUUUCCUUUGGAAGCAGCAGCUAUGACUUGGAGGACCUGACUUCCGACCGGAGAGCUGGGGAAUGGGGCCGGAGUGGCAACGACCCCGAGCACUUCAGACCUGCUGGCCUGCCUAAGGAAUACUGAGCUGCCUGCUCCCUCUGCUCUCACGGGAUGAGGCUGUGAGCCACACAACUCUCCCCACAAACAGGGCACAGUGUCACUGAGCGUUGUGUCCCCAGGAACUCAUAAAAGGCCCCAUACAUGUUUGUCAAAUUGAAUUCAUUGACAGAAAGUGGCAUCUUUGAGACGGACUCUCAGGAAGAAUGGCUAACUGGUCCCAUAUGGAAAAUAAGCAGCACUGUGGAAGAUGAGCCUGUGACUGUGGGAGCCCUGGGACCCCACUGGACCUGUAACCAUGCUAUGUCCUCACAUGACCCCAUGGAG